AUGAAGACACAACGUGGGACCCAGAAAUCACAAAUUGAAGUGAUUCCCUGCAAAGUUUGUGGUGACAAGUCCUCUGGAGUGCAUUAUGGUGUCAUUACCUGUGAAGGAUGCAAAGGAUUUUUUCGGCGCAGUCAAUCGACGCUUAACAACUAUCAGUGUCCUAGGCAACAGAAAUGCAUCGUAGAUCGAGUAAAUCGGAAUCGAUGCCAGUACUGUCGUCUGAAGAAAUGUCUAGAACUUGGAAUGAGUCGAGAUGCGGUAAAAUUCGGCCGAAUGAGCAAAAAACAACGUGAAAAAGUGGAAGAUGAGGUUAGAAUGCACAAACAAAUGGCUGAAGUUCAAGGAAUCGCAUAUUCUCCGUAUGGUGAGUACUCGCCCCCCGCUCCGAUACAUCCAGCUGCUGCUUACAGUAACAGUUAUGAGCCGUCCGUGGCUUACGCUGCGAGUUCCUACACAACCAACGCUGCUAGUUAUGCUGCAGCUGCACCCGUUAGCUAUCCUUCUAUUCAGGGACAAGGUUAUUCAAUCGCUCAGCAGGCAGCGGUACCUGCUCCUAGUGGUGGAUAUCCUCAACGGACCGUCGGUGCAUCUCAACCUGAUGAAGAUUUAAUUGCGGGUGUUACAGCUGCGUUUGAUUCAGCACAUGGUCCUGCUACCAUCGCAGCGGCGGAUCGAUUGACUGCGGCAUCAACAAGCACUUUCACCGAGCAACAAUACCGUAGUAUGCCUAGAGAGCCAGGUAUUGCUGUGCUAUAA